AUGGCGGAGGAGAAUCCCGAGCUCCAGGCCGCUUUGCGGGAGCUCGAUAGAGAACUCGAGGAGGGGGAUAUCACUGAGAAAGGUUACCAGAAACGGCGUACGCUACUCCUUUCGCAAUUCCUUGGUCCGAACAAGCCGCUUGAGAUCAACGCGUCUUCAGAAAGUCCGUCGUCGCCAAUAAGCAACUCAAACAAUGCUCCGCCGGCCAUUCUCAGUGUCCGGCCCCCUACGGCGGAUAGCGCGACCCGAAAUGCAUCUUCGCAAUCCUUUGCACAGAAUAACAUACCUGGUAACGGAAGCUUCGGAUACGACCGGCGAGUGAGCAUGGGCACACAGGGCUCUAUCCAAGAUGAUAGUGCGUUUCAAUACAAUAGAGAUAGCAUGGCAUUACAGCCCCCCGAGCGGAUGCCCUCCUCUACUUCAUACGAUUCCCUUUUCCUUCCGAAGCCGCAAGGGCCUCMAAUCGCGCAGGAGGACUCCCGAACCGCAACACUCUUGAGCCAGAACUAUGCCUUUAACCCUGGAGCUUCCGAGCAUGUGGAUGAAUCCGCCGGAGCUUACGACAUGACACCCGGCGCGGUCACGCGACAGUCGACGAUGCUCGAUUCCCAGCAAGCAUACUUCUCUGACUUUGCGGGUCAGCAGCAGGGUGACUAUAGAGACAGCUAUGGCGGUGCAUAUCAUCGCUACUCUCAAUCAGACGCGUUUUCUCCAACCGCAAAUAUGGCACCGCCGUUAAUUCCUGCCUCUGAGUUACCUCAUGGGGCAACUAUCAACCACCUGCUUCCCCUCGAGCCUCGCGAUAUACCUUUUGCGGUACACGACCCACACGACAAGAACACUCUAAUGUCCAGUUUUGACAACAUCCCUGCAGUACUUCGGCAUCGCGCUCGAACACAUCCUAAGCAGCCCGCUUACUGGGUCCUAGACCAGAAAGGCAAGGAAAUUGCUUCCAUCACCUGGGAGAAACUUGCCAGUCGCGCGGAGAAGGUUGCUCAAGUCGUCCGUGACAAGAGUAAUUUGUACCGUGGUGACCGCGUGGCUCUGAUUUACCGUGAUUCAGAGAUCAUCGAGUUUGCUGUUGCCCUUAUGGGAUGCUUCAUUGCUGGGGUCGUUGCUGUACCCAUCAAUAAUCUCGAAGAUUACACCAGUCUCAAUCUGGUUCUCACCUCCACUCAAGCGCAUCUUGCUUUAACAACUGAGAACAAUCUCAAGAGUUUCCAGAGGGAUAUUACGACGCAGAAGCUGAACUGGCCCAGAGGGGUAGAAUGGUGGAAGACCAAUGAGUUCGGAAGCUAUCACCCAAAGAGAAAAGAUGAUAUUCCGGCCCUUGUGGUUCCCGACUUGGCUUACAUUGAAUUCUCACGGGCUCCUACUGGGGACAUGCGCGGUGUAGUCAUGAGCCACCGGACAAUCAUGCAUCAAAUGGCUUGUUUUAGCGCUAUAAUCGCAACUGUUCCUGGCUCAGGUAAAAGUGUCCGGCCGCAUGGAGAGACCUUGAUCAGCUAUCUCGAUCCAAGACAAGGCAUAGGGAUGAUCCUUGGUGUCCUUCUUACUGUGUAUGGUGGCCAUACCACCGUCUGGCUUGAGGAUCGAGCGGUCGAAACUCCAGGCUUGUACGCUCAUUUGGUUACUAAGUAUAGAGCCACACUCAUGGCUGCGGAUUACCCUGGGCUUAAGAUCACUGCGUACAACUACCAGCAAGAUCCAAUGGCCACGCGUCACUUCAAGAAAAACUCUGAGCCUAACUUUGAAAAUGUGAAGCUUUGUCUUAUUGAUACGUUGACUGUCGACGCUGAGUUUCAUGAAAUUCUGGCUGACAGAUGGCUGCGGCCCAUGAGAAACCCCAGAGCUCGGGAAAUUGUGGCCCCAAUGCUAUGUUUGCCUGAACAUGGCGGUAUGGUGAUCAGUGUUCGGGACUGGUUGGGAGGAGAAGAGCGUUUGGGCUGCCCUCUGACUCAUGAGAUGGAUCCGGCCGAGCGUUCAGAAGCCACAGAAGCCAAAAAAGAGGAAAGAAAGUCCGAAAGCAACAGUGGUUUCGGUAGCAGCCUUCUGGGCGGCGGUGCGCGUGCUUCUGCUCCUGCUCCAAAAGAGCAGAACAAGAACGAGCUGGCCGAAGUACUUCUCGACAAAGAGGCCUUGAAAAGCAAUGAGGUUGUGGUUUUGGCCAUGGGCGAGGAUGCUCGGAAGUAUGCAGCGACCAUGCCACAUGCUGUGCGAGUUGGCUCUUUCGGCUACCCGAUUCCUGAUGCGACCCUUGCAGUUGUUGACCCGGAGACCAAUUUGCUAUGCACACCCAAUGUGAUCGGUGAGAUAUGGGUUGACUCACCAUCUCUUUCUGGCGGUUUCUGGGCAUUGCCCAAGCAUACGGAAGCAAUCUUCCACGCACGGCCUUAUAAAUUCGAAGAGGGUAAUCCUACCCCUGUGCUGGUGGAACCAGAGUUUCUACGGACUGGUCUUCUUGGCUGUGUGAUAGAGGGGAAAAUCUUUGUACUAGGUCUCUACGAAGACCGCCUCCGACAGAAGGUAGAAUGGGUCGAGCAUGGGCAGGAGAUUGUUGAACAUCGCUACUUCUUCGUCCAACACAUGAUCGUCAGUAUUCUCAAGAACUUGCCCAAGAUACAUGACUGCACUGCCUUUGAUGUGUUUGUCAAUGACGAACAUCUUCCGAUCGUUGUUUUGGAGUCAUAUGCAGCGUCGACCGCGCCAACAACUUCGGGUGGUCCACCUCGGCAACUGGAUUCCGUGCUCCUCGAAUCUCUGGCGGAAAGGUGUAUGGAAGUGUUGUAUCAAGAGCACCACUUGCGAGUCUUUUGUGUGCUUCUCACGGCGCCGAACACACUUCCCCGUGUGACUAAGAACGGACGCCGGGAGAUCGGUAAUAUGCUCUGUCGCAGGGAAUUCGAUGCCGGUACUCUGCCCUGUGUGCAUGUGAAGUUCGGUAUUGAACGCUCGGUCAUGAAUCUGCCGGUUGGUGUCGACCCUGUUGGGGGAAUCUGGUCUCCCUUGGCUUCGGCGGCACGGCAAGAGAUGCUUGCCAUGCAAGAAAAGCAGUACUCGGGUGUGGAUUACCGCGAUGUCGUGAUGGAUGAUCGCACUUCCACGCCUUUGAACAACUUCGCAACGAUUGUGGACCUUCUCCAAUGGCGUGUCUCUCGCCAGGCAGAGGAGCUGGCUUACUGCUCAAUCGACGGCCGUGGAAAAGAAGGCAAAGGUAUCACCUGGAAGAAAUUCGACUUGAAAGUCGCCGCUGUAGCGAUGUAUUUGAAAAACAAGGUCAAAGUUCGACCUGGAGAUCAUCUUAUCCUGAUGUACACGCACUCAGAAGAUUAUGUCUACGCCGUGCAUGCCUGCUUCUGUCUCGGUGUCGUUGUCGUUCCCAUUGCUCCAAUCGACCAAAACCGGCUAGCAGAAGAUGCCCCUGCAUUUCUCCAUGUGAUCAAUGAUUUCAAAGUCAAAGCAAUCAUUGUCAAUAGCGACGUUGACCACGUCAUGAGACAGAAACUCGUUUCCCAGCAUAUAAAACAGUCUGCACAGGUCCUCAGGAUCGGUGUGCCUGCUAUCUACAAUACCAGCAAACCAUCGAAACAAUCUCAUGGCUGCCGAGACCUUGGCUUUACUGUCAAAGAAACUUGGUUACAAGCUGACCAGCCAGCUCUAGUUUGGACUUAUUGGACACCGGAUCAGAGGAGAAUCUCUGUGCAAAUUGGCCAUGACACCAUCUUGGGAAUGUGUAAGGUGCAGAAAGAGACAUGCCAGAUGACUAGCUCGAGACCAGUCCUAGGCAGUGUUCGCAGCACAUUAGGUCUUGGAUUUCUUCAUACGGUCUUAAUGGGCAUCUACGUUGGAGCUCCUACCUACCUUGUAUCGCCUGUUGACUUUGCGCAAAAUCCCAUGACAUUGUUCGUCGCCUUGUCUCGUUAUAAGAUUAAGGAUACAUAUGCCACUAGCCAGAUGCUGGACUACGCUAUGAGCGUCAUGCCUGCAAAGGGUUUCCAGCUUCAAGAAAUGAAGAACCUGAUGAUCUCCGCAGAGGGUCGGCCACGAACUGAUAUCUACCAAAAAGUGCGCCUUCAUUUCGCAUCCGCGAGUUUGGACCGCACCGCAAUCAACAUAGUAUACUCGCACGUGCUCAACCCUAUGGUCGUCACUCGAUCAUAUAUGUGCAUCGAACCGAUUGAACUGUGGCUUGACCUUCGUUCUCUCCGCCAAGGGCUUGUUUGUCCCGUUGAUGCAGACACAGAUCCCACGGCGCUGCUUGUCCAGGAUUCAGGGAUGGUUCCGGUAAACACACAAGUAGCUAUUGUGAAUCCGGAGACCUGUACCUUGUCACAUGUCGGCGAAUAUGGCGAGAUAUGGAUUCAAUCAGACGCCUGCGCCAAGGCGUUUUAUGGAUCCAGGAAUGAAUUCGAUGCUGAGCGAUUCAACGGCCGGAUCGUGGAUGGAGACCCUAACGUUGCCUAUGUGCGCACCGGUGAUCUGGGUUUCCUUCAUACCGUCACUCGGCCCAUCGGUCCAUCUGGUCAAUCUGUCGAGAUGCAGGUGCUCUUUGUCCUUGGCGGAAUUGGCGAAACGUUCGAGGUCAAUGGAUUAAAUCAUUUCCCCAUGGACAUCGAGAACUCUGUGGAGAAGUGUCAUCGCAACAUUGUGUCUGGAGGAUGUUGUGUCUUCCAGGCCGGUGGUUUGAUAGUGGUUGUCGUCGAGGUGACGAGGAAAGCGUAUUUGGCAUCCCUUGUCCCCGUGAUCGUGGACGCCAUCCUCGGUGAACAUCAAGUCAUAGCUGACAUAGUGGCGUUCGUGUCUCACGGAGACUUCCCUCGGUCUCGUUUGGGCGAGAAGCAGAGAGGAAAAGUGUUGGCAUCAUGGGUAACCCGCAAAUUGCGCACGAUCGCGCAAUUCAGUAUUCGUGAUAUGGAGGGAUCAAUGAGCCUCUUUGCAGAAGCUCCCCAACAUCGUUCCAGUAAAGGCUCGAAACCAGGUAGCAUCAUGGGCAACAGCCUGCGUCGGUCAACUCUCGUACCGGACGCUGAUUCCGCUACUAUUCCUCGUUCUCCAGCUCCGGUGCUUGUGGAGCAGCCGGAAGCAUCAAUGCUGCCUCCUUACCAUGACAUACAUGAAGGAGAGGGAGCUGAAAUGCCUGCGCCAACGCUUACAGACGUGCACCCGUCUCUUCCUCAGAUAGGGGAACCUGUCCCACCAAUGCGGUCUUCGAACAAUGAAAGUCACUCGACAGGCAUUGCUCACCCUGACCUUGGUUUCAAUUUCGGCGAUUUUGCCAAUGCGACGAGCUCUGCUCCCAUGGAUGAACACACCGGUGCAGGAGCUGUCAGUGAAGUUCUUCCCUACCGCGAUGUCCGUGGACAAGGCUCCAUUCCCGCCCAACAGCCGCCGAGAACCAGCAGCCUCCCAGUCGGCACCGCCCCAUCAUCCGGUCAACCCCAAUCACCGGACCAUAUUUCAGAAGACAAAAUGGGGGACUGGCCGCAGGAAGCUUUGAUGUAUCAGUCGGCACUUGGGGGUGACGACCCAUACGGUCAUAGUGCCGUCAAUCGGUCUCCGAGCGAUGCUAUGAGGAACCACCAUGACUGA